CAUCCCACGCACCUCUAGCUCAUCGAAGUUCAGCACCUUAUCAGUCACCCCUUCCUCCCCAACUACAGUAACCACCUCAAAUCCUGCAAGCCCCACACUUGCGGUAUCACGCUAACCACAGAAACAACAGUAUGCAGGGCAAGCAAUUCAAUCCUCACAGGAUUGUCUAUGAUACCCGACCACAUCAGCCACACCAAUCGGAGCGAUCAACCCUGGGCUCCUCCAUUAUCCACCUGCACCCUCUUUGCUGGUUGCAUUGCGUCCCCA